ACGUGCUAUGCUGUGCUGUAGAAUCCCGGAAGAGACUCAGAUCGCCAGGAAGAAUGGCUGUUUUUGUGGACCUGAAUAUUAUGAAUACAGAUGUUAAGAGACUGAAAAAUAUAAUUGAGAUGGCAGCGCAUCUUGGUUAUUCAACGGUUGCUGUCAAUCAUCUUGUUGAAUUUGACAAGAAGAAAACUGAAAUUGCCAAACCAAUGUCCGUUACAGAUAUAUUUUCAUCACCACCAACUGUACAGGGGAAAUGCAAACCAAUCAAAAUUCUAAAUAGGCUAACCAUUAUAGCCUCAGACCCAUCUCAUUGCAAUGUGUUGAGAUCAACCUCCCCUUCUACCAGAUGGUACGAUAUUGUUGCUGUGUUUCCUAAAACAGAAAAAUUAUUUCAUGCUGCUUGCACCAAUAUAGACGUGGAUUUGGUGUGCAUAAAUGUAACUGAAAAACAGCCAUUCUUCAUCAGAAAACCUCCUAUAAAUGCAGCAAUAGAAAGAGGCAUAUUUUUUGAGCUGAUUUAUACCCCUGCAAUCAAAGAUUCUUCAAUAAGGCGAUACACAAUAUCCAAUGCUCUCAGUUUGAUGCAAUUUUGCAAGGGAAAGAACAUUAUUUUGUCGAGUGGUGCUGAAAGGCCAUUGGAAAUAAGAGGUCCUUAUGAUGUUUCUACAUUAGGAUUGCUAUUCGGUUUGUCGGAAGGGGCCUCUAAAGCGGCAAUAUCUACCAAUUGCCGAGCUGUUCUCCUUCAUGGGGAAACAAGAAAGACUGCUUUUGGCAUUGUAUACACGGAGAAGAAACCACAGACUGAAGAAGAAUCGUCUGAGCCAGUUUGCAAAAAAGCCAAAAUGGAGUAAUGUUUAGUAUAAAACUUGGGGGAUGGAGAAUUCUGUGUUUGUGUGAGACAUGAGUUUAUUUUUAAUAAACUAUAGAAA